CUUAACAAAUAUGUGAUUUUCGUUCCGUAGUUUUUUUUCUAUUAAUUUUCUUAUCAAUUUCACCAAGGAGUGUUUCGAUUUAUACCCUAUAUGGUGCAAGUGCAACUCUCUGUGGUUGUUGUGUGAGGGCAUAAAGUGCGAUAUUGAAAAUGUGUUGUAAUUUGUGAUAAUUAUAAGCGAAAAGUGUGUGUUGAAACAACUGGUCUCUGUGAGCAAACGUCUUUAGCACAAAACAACACAUACGACCUGCGUGAACAAGCCAAAGGCAAACUUUCACAAUCAAAACAAAAAGGAUCAGAAAGCAACACUGUAACGCAUUCGAAGGAUUAAAGCGUCACAAGUAAAAGUGACUACAAAGUGUAUGUAAAUUCCGGCAAAGCGUGUAUAGACGCCCACCCACACACAACAAUAACCUAAGCAAAGAUGUCCACAGAAGAGCCGAUUUGGCGUCAGUGUAUCGCUAAUCGCUUACGCGACAGAAAUCGCAAUGAAACCAGAGGAAAAGAGAUUAUUCUGCAAAAUAACCGUUUAAUUGAUCAGGCUUCUCAGCUGAAAGCAGAAAAUUUAAAAAUUUCCGUUGAAAAUGAGCAACUGCGCACAGCACUUUCAACAGGUGGCGGUAAAGAUGCUACCGGCGCACAAUUAGCCAUUGCAGCGCUGGAGAAGAAACUACUGGCACAACAGGAAGAAUUGACUGAUUUACAUAAACGUAAAGGAGAAAAUUCUCAAAUGAUUGUUGACUUAAAUCUCAGCGUGGAGAAGCAGAAAAAGCAGAUAGCGGAAAAGGAUCUAAUUAUUAACGAACAACGAUCGGCCAAUAAUUCAUUACGUGCAGAAGUAGAAAUGUUGAAAUCCAGCUUGGAUCAGUUAAAGAAACUUAAUACGACAUUGCUAGAUGAACAUACUGCGCUCCAGUUGGCGUUCAGCUCUUUGGAGGAGAAACUGCGUGGUGUGCAGGACGAGAAUCGCUGCCUUCUGGAGCGUUUGAUGCGCUACAAGUCGAAGGAUGCCGACAAAUUGAACGAGGAGAACGAGAAUUUCCUUAGAAAACGACUGCCGUCAAUUUUCAGAAAACGUUCGGACAAAUUGAAACGUGAUCUCGAAGACGCCGUCCGCGAACCCAACUCACAGCAUCGCAAUUCGGGCAGCCCCUCACAGUUGGGCGGCGACGACGGCGAUAACAUCUCGUUGACAGCUGGCGGCAAUAACGGUGCAGUCGGCGGCAUUGACUAUUACAAUCUCGAUGAAAUGUUGGGUCCGCUGCAUGAGCCCAACUUAAAUCCGUGUUUAGUGUCUUCCUCAAUACCAACAACAAUAUAUAUGAAAUUCGAAGCGCACGACAAUGAGUCGCAUGCGGUGCGCUGGAGUCCGGUCGAACGCCUCGUGGCGACCGGCGGCGGCGAUCGCAAAGUCAAACUCUGGGAUGUGGGGAAAGUGGCGCAGGAGCCGCGCGCAGUUUUGGGUGGCAGCAGUGCCGGCAUAAAUUCCGUGGAUUUCGACUCGACUGGCACUUACAUACUGGGUACCUCAAAUGAUUAUGGCGCGCGUGUGUGGACGGUGGCGGAUAGUCGUUUAAGGCAUACGCUCACCGGUCACAGCGGCAAAGUGAUGGCCGCCAAGUAUCUGCAUGAGCCCGUCAAAGUGGUGACCGGCAGUCAUGAUCGUACGCUGAAGAUUUGGGAUCUGCGCAGCAUAGCGUGCAUCGAGACGAAAUUCGCCGGCUCCAGUUGCAACGAUCUGGUGACCACCGACAGUCUCGGCUCGACGAUCAUCAGCGGUCACUAUGACAAGAAGCUGCGCUUCUGGGACAUCAGAACGGAGAAGCAGGCGGACGAUAUACUGUUGCCAGCGAAGAUUACAUCGAUUGACAUGUCGAAGGAUGGCUAUUACCUAAUAUGUUCCAUUAGAGAUGAUACAAUAAAACUACUAGAUUUACGCAAAAAUCAAAUAAUCGGAUCGUUUUCUCAUGAAAAUUUCAAACUCAGCUGUGAUUGGGCGCGAGCCUCAUUCAAUACGUGCGGUUCGAAGGUGGCCUGCGGGUCGGCCGAUGGUUUAGUUUAUAUUUGGAAUGUCAUGGGCGAAUUGGAGGCGACGCUCAAGGGUCACACUUAUGGUUCCGGUUUCUUUCACAGCUCGGCGGUGAACGCGGUCAGUUGGUGCCCCAACAGCAAUGCGCUGGCCUCCGUGGGUAAAGGCAAACGCUGCAUCAUUUACACCGAAUCGUAGCCGCGAAGCGAGCGGCAAUGACAGCCGACGAGGCGACAACAGCAACAGCAGCGAACACGGCGGCGCGGGGCGGGCAACAUGGCUAAGUGGCAGCUAUUGUUUGGCAGCGGUUGCAAGUGGAAGCAACCCUGCAAGCAAGGCGCAAUUUACAUUGUAACAACAACAACAAGAACAACAACUACAAGGUGUGAAAGUUUCGGUGCGAGUGCGUGGGCGUUCAGCAGUUGGCGUUAGGGGGGUGAAGCAUGCAACUCAAGAAAGUAAUUGUGUAUUUUGCAAUGUUGCAAGUAGUUUUUUUAUAUAUGUUUUAAUUAUAAGUAAUAUUUGCUUGCAGCGCAAGGUGGCAGUAUAGAAAAUUGUUGUUGUGCAGCAGCAGCAAACCUAAAGUCAAUGUUUAGCAAUUAUAACAACAAAAAUGGCAAAUAGUCACGUAGUUACAAGUAAAGUGCGCUGAAUUUAUAAAAACGACAAACAAAAAAAAAAAGUUUUGUAUUUGUAAAAGUUAAUUGUUAACUAUAAUAAGCAAUUCUUUCGGUAUAUGUAUAUUUGCAAUAAUUUUUGUAAAACAUGUUGAUAAAUUUUAAUAAUGUAUUAGAAAUUGCCUGGAGCAAAUUACCUUAUUGAGGACAUAAAAUUUGAUUAUUUGGACUUUUAUAAAAUUUAUAAAAAUAUUACGACUGCUGGUUGACAGCUAAAAUUAUGUAUAUUUUUUAUUAAUAAUUUAAUUUACUUAAGAAUUUAUUAAAAACUUAAUUUAGUUUUGGCUAGUGAGUCACACGCC